AGAGUAGCUUUUGGUGGAUUUUUUAAAGCAUUACCGGAUGAUGGGGAUCUCCUGACACGGUUUGUGACAGUAGAGUGAAAAAACCUUCCCUGUCUCCAAAAAUGCAGCCGUCAUACGAUGCGGACGACUUCAUGCGGCGUGGAUUUUUCGGCUCUUUUAUCGGAUUCCGGAAACGAUCUUCCAGCAAACCAGAGCCGCCAGUUCCACCAAAGUUUGCUCCGCCGGCAGCUCCAUCGGUGGCUCCGAAUUUUCGAGCUUCUGACUCAGCGGCUCCACACCUUUUGAGUGUCCCGUCGAAUCGUACGGAAUACGAUAUUUAUCGAGAAAUUGUGUCCGAAGCGGAGUAUAUUGAAAGAUCAUCGCCGGCCUCACCAGACUUCUCGUGUCCAACAACUCCUCAACCAUCCAACUACUACACCCCGCUCCCAUUACCUCAACAACCACCAACAUUUGACCCAUCAACACUAAUGCCCCAGCAACAAAUGAUGUUCCAUCCAGGUCAAUAUCAUAUGGUUAUGAGCCCGAUUGCUCCGCACCCGAUUCCAGUUGAUACGAAUGGUGUGCCACUUGGAACUCAAUGUCCAAUGGCUCCACCACCAUACUCUUCCUUUGCUCCACAAUCCUCAUCAUCUGGAAUGCUUCAGCAACAACCACAGGAUCUAGUGAUUCCCCAGGACAUUCCAUUUGACGUGAAACGGGAGAUUCAGGAGCAUUUAGUGCUCCAAAACGGCAAGAAACAAAUGUCAAUCGAAGAAAUUGUCAAGCUCGUCGUCGUCGCCCUCAAAGAUUCCCAAAUCGAAGAAGGUCGUGAAGAGGAAGAGUCUCCCGAGGAAAUUCUCCGACGAAAGAGAAUUCAGAACAACCUAGCGGCUGCCCGGUACCGCAAGCGACAACGCGAGGCUCGCGAGAGCGCCGAGAGUGAGCUCGGUGACCUGACCCGACGGAACGAUGAGCUCCGCGAUCAGGUGUCCCGAAUGGAGCGGGAAAUUGAUCGGCUGAAGCAAGCGGUGCUCGGAAGACAGUGAUGAGUUGUGUUGUGAUAACAUGCCUACAAUAUGCCUACCUUAUCCCCGUGACAAUCUACAUGAGUUUUUUUUUUGGUAUUCUAAUUUUAUGUACAAAUUUGGUAUUAUAUUCACUUAUGAUUUUUGUAAUUUGAUGCAUUUAUAUGAAAUUUUAUAUUUUUU